CCCAGGGCACCUGACGAUCCUGAGCCACACCAGCACUGUGCUUAGAAGCCCACAGCUCCCAACAUGACAGGGAUCCAUUUCACCGUUGCACUGGUCCUGCUGGUCGUCGUUCAAAGCGGCCGGCAAGCGCUCCCACAGGAGACAGAAGACAGCUCCAGUUUCCUGACAGAGGACAUCGUUUUGGAGGAGCCCAGGAAUCUCUCACACAUGAAGAGGCACUCUCAAGGAACCUUCACUAACGACUACAGCAAAUACCUGGAGACGAGACGAGCGCAAGACUUCAUCCAGUGGCUGAUGAACUCAAAGAGGAGUAGUAGUGGGGGUCUGGUAAGACGUCACGCAGAGGGCACCUACACCAGCGACUUCAGCUCCUACCUGCAGGACCAAGCUGCCAAGCAGUUCGUCUCUUGGCUGAAGAUGGGCCGAGGGGGGCGGCAGUAGAGCCUCGUGCUCGAUAUCAACAGGAGAGAGGAAGGAAUGGGUGAAGGCAAAGUCAAUAAUCUGGCACAUAAUUACUCUGUAUUUUACAGUUUUGUAUGAUCUGCACUGUGAUUUCACUGGCUGUGUGGAAAAUAAAUCUCCUCAAACCGACAUGCCAGUUUUUUAACGUAAAUUUU